AUGUUGACAACUGACAAUAGUGACAAUGACGUUGACGUUGUUGCUUGGAAAUAUUUCUUCUUUUUUGUACUAUUAUACUUUUAUUUUUUAGUUUUAUCGAGCAACAUGGCCAGACCGGGUAAGACCAAGGAGUCCUCCAAAGAAAAGAAGCUGAGGCGGAAGGAAUUCGCCGAAACCCAGAAGCAAGUCAAGACCAUAGUAGUACCCGGAUUAAUCGCCAUCGCGAUUUUCAUCAUGGCAUACGUUUACAUUAAAACACGACCAAGGGACGGGUUCAUCGACUGA